CUUUAAAAUAUUUUUUACUCUAUGUAAAAAACAUAACACCUUGCCUAACCUAUUACCCAUAACGGGCAUAACGGUUUUUAUCUGAUAUAAUUAAAUUGAGAAAAUAUUGUGCACAACACUAGUAUCUGGAUAGAAAUUAGAAAUAUAGAAUAAAAAGUUGACUUAUUUAGUAAUUUAGUAAUUAUUGAAUUUUACUUGUACUUUCAUCGUAUUAUUUAGAUAUACACUAAUAUUGCAUUAUGACAUGAUUAAAAACUAAACAUUUAAAUCAUUUCUUUGUUAGGUUAUUGCAGUCAAGUGUCUGUUAGUUGUUACUGUCUUGUUACCGAGGAAACGGAACACGGACUUCUGCACCAUUGUCAGUUAUAGUAAUUAUUUACCAGUUAUAGGCCUUGAUCAAUGUUUAACUAUUAUAACGUGUAGAUUAUAUACUUUACAAAUUAUUAAGAACUCAUACAUUAUUCACUGAACUAAUUUAUGAAAAUGAAUGUCAAUGGUCCAUACAAAUUUACAAAUUUAUUUAAAUGAAAACUUUUGCAACACAUUUGUAAAAUGCAAGCUUUCACAAAAUGUACAUUCAAUUUUGAAUAUUUUGUAUAAUUAUUCAACAAUUGAGUCUAUAGUAGUUUUAUUGUAAAAAUAUGUAUUCUUUUUAAUUUUUAAAUAUUCAUUAUAUACAAUGUCUAUUUACUAAAUUAUGCAUCCUAUGUUAUAAAUAAUAAUAAUUUCACUACCUAUUCCUGAAAACAAAAUAUGGAGGAAGAAGGUUUCAAAUUCAAACAUAUUUCCAAAGAAGAUUUUAAUAGAACUUACAAAAAAAUCAAUCGUUGUCGACAAAAACAAAUAGAUGAUCAACAUUGGAACGUUUAUAUGGAAUCAAUCAAAAGUACAGACUCUAAAAAAACAUACACUAUUGAAAAUAACACGGACAUUAAACAAAAUGAAAACUCAUUUAAUAAAUGUAGAAACAGUCAAUCUAGCAUGCAUGAUUCUGUAAAUUUAUACUCAUUGCAUGAUCCUUAUGAUAUAAAUCAUAUACACGGGCUUAGAAAUCGUUUGUUUAAAACAUUUAUUGAGUUUUCUAAUAUUUUAGAAAAUGCACUUUUGCCACCUGUUUUAAAAAGUGCUAAAAAAGUACGAAUUAAAAUAAAUGAAUAUGAUCAACAAACAAAUAAUUACAUAUUUGAUCUAAACUCACUGUUUUAUGAAAUUAAAAAAGAAUCAAAAAAUGAAGACUUGCACAAUAAAAAAAAUAAAACUAAUAUCACAUUAAGAAAAGCUUUUCAAAUUAAGUUAAUUAAAUGCUAUAAAUUAGCAAUUAAUGCCACAAAAAUGUGUUCAAAGACCUUGGAAGCUGGAAUUUAUAACCCUAUUCAAAAUAAAAUGAAAAAUUUAAUACAAAUUAUAUCAGCUCUAUCAUUAACUACUGGAAAAUAUAUUUAUGGUGAAUUAUUCAAGAAAAAAAAGAAAGAAAGUUUUGAUUUAGUUCAACAUUGCAAAGAUUUAGAAAAUAUGUUGGAGGAAUGUGGUUAUAAAGACACAGAUAUUGACAAUCAUAGUAAUAAUAUUAAUAGUAAUAUAUUAAAUGAGCUUUCUAAUAAAGCUUUAAGUAAACCUAAAACCCAAUUAUUUUCCGCCAAUUCCAAUCGAUUAAGUAUGUAUAAUCACGAUAAACCAAAAUUGGGAUCAUGCUAUGCUCAGGGAUGGUCAAAAAAAUCAUUUGAAUCAUCUAGAAAUAAAUUUUUAUCAAAACAAGACAAUAUCUUAAAAACUAAUAAUAAUUUAGACGAUAUCAAAACUGUAAUGGAAGAAUAUCCCUUUGGAGAAAUUAAUGAAACAAAUUAUAAAUUUUUGUUUAAAGAGAUACAAGAUGAAAAAUUAAUUAAUACCAAUGAAGCAAUUACAUUUUCAACUGAUUCAAAAAUAGUAAAGUCAAAUAAAUUAAAAACAACCAGUAAUGUUGGCCUAUACAUUGUACAAGAAAACAUCUGGAGAAAUUUCCUAUUAAAAGAUAUAAAGCUGUCUCAAAAUGGAUAUAUGGUUUUAAAUAUAACUCCACAACAAACUAAGGAAUAUUAUUUAUACAAAAGACAAUUCAAACAACAUUCAUUGAUAGCAGAACAUGAUGUUAAUAUCUUAUUCAAUAUUUCAGAAAAAAUUAUGGAUGACCUGAUAAAUGAAGUUUUAUCAAAAAUUGAUUAUGAUGCAAUAAUCAAGAAUUUAAUAAAAAUGGAACUAUUGGAAUGAUUUUAAAUUUUCAAAGGAUU